UGUCAACUUCGAUGUAAAUAAUAGUUUUUAUCACCGAUUCAUAUGUUAUAUCAUAAUGGAUGACAACGGUUAUCACCAACAGUACAAUCAGCAGCACAACCAUCAAAACCAUUACUAUCCUCACCAGAACCACAAUCAUCAAAAUCAUUUGCCACCACCUCAUGCAUACUCUAUGAGAAGUGCCACCGAUUUAUCAUCAAAUUCAACCAAAAUCACUGAUUAUGUGACUAAUCAUGAAAUUAAAUUUACCAAAACUGAAGGCUGUACUCCAUCGACCUGUGUAUGUCUUUUUAUGGCCCUAUUGUUUGUAUCGAUUGCCGCCACUUCUGGAAUAUAUUUUAGUCUGCGUUCAUAUGAGGGCCGGUCAUUAAAGGAGCGUGUAUUUAAAGGUCAGUUAACGAUAACCAAUGGCGAGCCAUACACAAGAAAUUUUGAGAGAUCUGAUUCACAAGAGUUUAAGAGUACCGCAGAAAAAGUGCAGUUAAAACUCAAUCAGUUAUUUAAUAACAGUCAUUACGCUAAAGCUUUUAGUCGAUCGGAGAUUAUAGCUUUGGAAAGGAAGAGAGACAACAGGGAUGAUGUGGUCGUUCACUUCAAUAUACAUAUGUCUGCCCAACGACCAGAUAUAGAUGAAGCGGAUCUGUUCCUUGUCUUAGGCGAAGAAAUACUGAACUCCAAGUUAGGCGUCUUUAAAAAUUGGACCAUUGAUUACAACUCUCUGGAUAUUCAGGAGCGUCGGUACUCUCGGGACUCACCCGAGGCUUCCUCAGCGCUAUUAGCAAAUCCUUGGGAAUAUAGAACCAAAUUUCCGGGUCUUUUAGAGGGAUUGCCUUUAGCUGCCACACCAUCGCCCAGAAAGUGCACAACCAUUAGUGUGAAUAUUUGUAACUCUCUUUCGUAUAACAAAACGUCUUAUCCUAAUAUCGUUGGCCAUUGGAAUACCAGUUCCCUUGAAGAAGAUCUCAUUUCCUAUCGACAAAUCAUUGAUUUUGAAUGCUAUCCUUUCGCUCAAGAGUUUAUUUGUCGACUCUUACAGCCCGAGUGUAUUGACGACGAACUGGUCUAUCCGUGCAGAGACUUCUGUCAAGACUUUUAUAAGUCAUGUUCACAUUGGAUACCAAAAAAGUUAUUAAACAAUUUUGAUUGCAAUGAAUUUCCAGUAAUGAACGAUACAAACAAUAAGAGUGUCGACAAAACCGGAAAAAGUGAUAACAAUAGGAUAGACAUCAAUGACAAUAAGCCUCGCUGUCGACCUAAACAUGAAUGCAUAUCUCAACCUAAAGUGUCCACAAAUACACCAUUA